CACCAGUUUGCAAGAAUGGGAAAUAACAACACAAGACCCAGCUCAAAUAGUGGACAUACUGCACAAUGUAGUGUCUCCAGUAGCACACAAGUAAAUUACAGUAGGCAAUUUGGAUCAGCUUUUCCACACACAACUCAUUCCGUUGUUUCAAACAGAACAUCAGGAAAUACUGUCUACAGUGCACAGAGUAGUGUUGCAGAUACAAUAUCUAAUACAAGAACAGGAACAGGACUAAAUAAACCAGUAGCUGGUAAAACUCAGUCUUUUGAGCCAGACUUAAACCAUCCUUACCAGAGACUGCAGUCAGAACUGGCAGAAGAAGCAAGAGUGCAUCAUGUCCACAACCAGCAAGAGCCAAUGUCAUCAUUUAACAGAGACGCUGCAACUAAAGUAGUUAGUGACAUCCCUGUAAAGAGCAGUCAGCAUCUUGCAAAAGGUCCGUCUGAUAGGUUCAAUGAAACUUUAUCCCGUCCUUUUCCUGCAGCUAAAUUUGUGGGAGCACAAAGCUCAACACAAAACAGUCAAGUUCCCAAAGUUCAGAAUGUUACAGGGAAGUCAUUGACGGCAAACUUUGCACCUUCAGCACCUACUUUCAGUGAACUUCACUCAGAAGUUCCAAUGGCACGUGUAAUCCCUUCUGUUGUGACGGCCAACAAACAAAAGGAAGAUUACCAGAAAUCUAUAAAAGAAAAUUUUAACUGCUCAUCUCGGGGACAGUUAGUGGGAGAAAAUGGACAGUCUACCAAGAUAAGUGUGAUUCAGCCACAUUCUUCAGGGACAGGCAACAUACUCAAGCAGAAUGAGGGUAUCAGGUCAAAAGACCUUGUAAAAGAACAAAGUGCAGAUGUGUCAAAGACUGUUAUUUCUGUCCAUGAAUGGCAACAACGUAUUAGUUCCCUUUUCGAGCAAAAGUGUAAAGAGGCUUCCCAGACACAGGAGAACUGUGAAAUAAUUGAUGCAGAAAGUAGUAUAGAUAACGGAGGAAGAAGUGCUCACAAUUGUGGCAGGGCAAACGAAAAUAGGGGAACUGGCUACAACCACGGCCACAUUGAUCGCAAGGAUGGUGGCAGAAGCAGAAGUGUUGACCACAGAGGUAAUAAUAAUCGUGGGAAGGAAGGUGAAAGAGGUAAUCACAAAAUGACAGAACGAGAUGCUCGUGGAUGUCAGAAUGAUCUCAGUUCAGAGCUUACUGAGAGCAGUCAGUCACAGAACAAUAUGUAUAGUAGUACAGAGAGUCUAGCAAGUCAUGGUAGCCACAGUUCAAGAACGGUAGUGGGAGACACAAGACAGGGUCAAAGUGGCAGUUAUUUGAACAAGGGAUUAUACAAUGAAAACAAAGUAGGUAAUUGCGACUUGAGGCAGAAGUGUGCCGAACCCAGAUAUUUCAUUGGUUAUCGUCGGUUGCUUGAGUUUGUAGAUGGAGAUCCUGAAGAGGCAGUUAUAGUUCUUGCAAAUAAACACUCGGGAUUUUAUGAGCUGCUGAAAGACAACUUGAAACCAGAUUGGUUGGUGUUGGUAGUGAAAUUGCUUGCCAACAUAUGCAAGACUAAUUUAUCUGACAAGAAAGUUGCAGUUCUUUCCGAGACCUGUUCACUGGGCUUUCAUGAGCAGCUGUCAUUAUAUCUGUCUAGUUUAUCGCCAAAGCAAAAUGAAAGUGAUAAACUUCAUCUAAGAACUUUUAUUUAUAAUUUAAUAAAAUUAUAUGCAACUGUAGUGGAAUUAAUUCCAAACACUGGUUGCGAGCUAGCGAUGUUGGCUACAAUUGAUGCUGCCAUUAAGACUUCAGCUCAGUAUCUUGGAGCAUCUUACACUGAUGAUAUAUUCAAUAACCUUGUAGAUUUGAAAAACCAAAUCAAACUGUCUGGAGACGAUGAGAGAAAAGGGCUGCGGAAAGAAAUAAACCUAGCUGAGGAACUUUCUGCAACUAACUUCAGAGAACUGUGUGUUCUCCCAACAACAAGUGAGCUUACGAGCAAACGAGAACCAUUCCUUCGAGCCAUCUUAAUGCAGGGAGCAUAUACAAAUGCAGAGCAUUACUUAGAUGUCCAUUUUAGGCUUCUGAAAGAAGAUUUGAUAAGGCCACUACGUGAAAACAUUAACAGACCUUGGAAAGGCAAAACUCCAAGAUUUAGAAAUUUGAGACUGUACAGGAAAGUGUACUUCACACGGUGGACAAUGGUAGGAGGUAAAAUAGGCCAUAUAGUGAGCUUUGACCCUGAUAAUUAUAUGGAAAAGGCUAAACUGACCAGUUGUGGAAUGCUGCGGAGUGAUUCUCUUCUCUGUUUCUCAAAUAAUAAUUUUAAAGAUGUAUUAUUUGCAACUGUGAUGUGUAAUUACGAUUUCAUGUUAAAAAAAGGAUACGUAGUUGUUUGCUGUAUAGAUAUGGAAGAAAGUAGAAAUAAUGAAAUGUAUAGCCGUCCUUAUGUGAUGAUAGAAUUGAAGUUAAACUUUAAGCCUUAUUUCCAUACACUUAAGGCCUUGCAGAAAAUGCAAGUAAAUGAAUUUCCAAUGCCACAGUACAUUAUCGAUGUUGUGAACCAGAGAAUGCCUCCAGAAUAUCUGUGGGAUGCACAGAAUGGGAGAUCCAAACUACUGAAAAUCGAUGGAAAAGAUGUUGUUGCCACAGACAGUGAAUCUUGGCCAAAGGCAUCUCAACUUCAACUAGAUGAGUCUCAAUACAGCGCAUUUCGAACAGCUCUGACAGAGAAAUUUGUUCUCAUUCAAGGACCACCUGGAACCGGCAAAAAGUUUUUAAGUCUUAAAAUAAUGAAAACAUUUCUUGAGAACAGUCAAGCAUGGAAGUCCAAGAAAGCACCAAUACUGGUUAUUUGUCUUCGAGAUCGUACCCUUGAUCAGUUAAUGGAAGGCUUCUUGAAGUUUACUUCAAAUAUAGUUCGCAUUGGAGGGAAAACCAUGAAUGAACAGGUUACCCAAUUAAACCUUACAGAAAAACAAAAAUUGAUUCAAAGACGUCUUCCCAACUAUCACGUAUUCUGUCACUUGAGAAAUAGUUUAUCAGCUGUUGUUUCCUCAUUUAAGAAACUGGAGAGUGAUAUAAAUGCUAUAGAUAGCAAUUGUGGUAUUUUGUCCAUCACAUCACUUGAGUCGUGUAUGUCAGAAGUACAUGUUAACUCAUUCAAAAACAAUAUUAAUCAAGUAGACAAUUCAUUAUUCCUUAAAUGGCUAGAAGAAGGGAUCUCUACUACCUCAGCUAAUGAGACAGAAACACCAGCUUAUAUUGAUUCCUUGGAAGAAACUGUCAGUGUCAGAAGCAACAACAUAACGUGUGACAUUUCACUGUCUGAUGAAACUGAUGACGACUUAGGCCUAGAAGUGGAUCUGAAAAAGUCAGUUGAGCUUAUAAAUUUUGCUUUGGAUUUCAAGGCCUCACAAGAAGCUAUUGAUGUAUUAAGAGAGACCAUAAGAGAUAUAAGGGAAAAAUCAAGUGAAGAAGGUGUGUUCAAUUCAGUGCAGAAAUAUGAGGAAGAGUUGAGAAGACUUACAGUUAAGUUGAAAUAUUUUCAGAACAGUCUGCUGGCAGAUCAAAAGUUGAAUGAGAAACUGGACCCAUUGCAUAAUUUGUCAGAUCUGUGGGCCAUAGACUCAGCAGCUCGAUGGUCUCUGUAUAGGCAGUGGGUUUCAACACUGAAAUGUAGACUGUUGGAAGAAUUACAGCAAUUAGCGUCAGAUGUUAUUUCGAAAUCGAAGAAAUUUGAGGAGUUUAAAGCAGUGGAAGAUUAUGAGCUACUCUUGAAUUCAGACAUUGUUGGCAUAACUACAGCUGCAGCUGCCCAGUUUCAGCCUCUGCUGAAGAGACUGGAAUGUAAAAUAGCCAUUGUAGAAGAAGCAAAUGAAAUACUGGAAUCACAAAUUGCAGUUUUUCUUACAAGUCAUUGUCAACAUCUCAUCAUGAUAGGAGAUAGUUUGCAACUACGAGCUUCUACAUCUGUUUAUGAAUUGCGUGAAAAGUAUAACCUAGAUCUGUCAUUGUUUGAACGAAUGUUGAACAAUGGCAUACAUUGUGAGAUCUUAAAGACUCAGCACCGCAUGCGAUCAGAGUUUGUUAGACUUUUAGUGCCUGCUAUAUAUCCUGCAAUAAAAACUCACACCUCUGUUAAAAAAUAUGAAAAAAUUGCAGGGGUUGUAGGCAACUUGUUUUUUAUAACACAUCAACAGACAGAAGAAGAGGUACCUGGCUUAAAGAGCUACCGUAACCCACAUGAAGGAGAUUUCCUUGUUGCCCUCUGCAGGCACCUCAUUCUUCAGGGACAUUCUCCAGAAAAUAUUACUAUAUUAACAACAUAUGUGGCUCAGGUGUUUUAUAUUCAGCAGAAGCUGAAGUCAACUUCACUGAAAAAAGAAGUAAGAAUUGUAUGUGUGGACAAUUUCAAAGGUGAAGAAAAUGACAUCAUCUUAUUGUCACUAGUGCGAAGCAAUAAGGAUGGUAAUAUUGAUUUUUGGAAGGUAGAAAACCGAAUUUCUGGCGUCCUUUCCAGAGCAAGGAAAGGAUUUUACAUUAUUGGCAACAUGGACUGUUUUACUUCAGUUAGUGAUACAUGGAAAAAAAUAAACAAUGCAUUCAAGAGUAUGGCAGCUAUUGGACCCAGCCUUGCACUACACUGCAAGUUUCAUAGUGAACAGCUGAGUUAUGUAUCUUCGGCAAGUGAUUUUGUGAGCUUGCUGGAGGAAGGAUGUCAGCUUCCGUGUAAUGACAGAUUGCCAUGUGGCCAUACUUGUCCCCUUUCUUGCCAUUUAGAGGACCGCGAUCAUUCAAAGGUCAGGUGCACAAAAUUGUGUGAAAGAUCACCAGCAGGCUGCAAGUUUGGUCAUCAGUGUGAGAAACAGUGUUAUGAAGAGUGUGGUGUCUGUGGCAUCUGUGGAAAUAAAGUCGUGAAGAUAUUGCCUUGUGGCCAUACUCUAGAAGUGGAGGGCAACAUAGAUGCAGCUAAGCAGCUAUGCACAGUUAGCAUUCUUAUUAAGCUUCCGUGUGGCCACGAAACUGUGAAGCCCUGUCACCAGAAAGCAGAAAAAAUCUUCUGCCCACAUCCUUGCGAGAACCGCUUACGAUGUGGACACCAGUGCCUUAGAAAAUGUCACAUCAAUCAUGAUCCAGAUCAUUUAAGAUACCAGUGCAGGAAAAAAUGUGGACGAAAGAACAUUGGCUGUAGAAAUGAUCAUAUGUGUCAGAAAUUAUGUUAUGAAGACUGUUCUCCCUGUAUUGUUAAUGUAAAACAGAAACUUGCUUGCAAUCAUUUAGUAGAGAUUCCAUGCAAUCAAGACCCGAAAGAAGUGAAAUGUCAGAUGAAUUGUACGAAAAAGCUACCAUGUGGACAUCCAUGCAAAAUGCGUUGUGGUGAACCCUGUGGGAACUGUCAAGUGGAGGUCCAGAAGAAAAUUAAAAAAUGUGGGCAUUUUGUUAUGGAGAAGUGUUCACUUGCUCCAAAACCCAAUAAAUGUAAAAGCCCUUGUGAGAGACAGCUUCCAUGUGGCCAUAGGUGUACUAGAAUGUGUGGACAGAGCUGUACAACCACAUGUAAUGUGAGGGUUCAGAGGACUGAACCAGGAGCUUGUGGACAUAAGCUAACUGUUCCAUGUCACAUGAAUAAACCAGAAAUUGUAAUGCUAGGAGAAGUUUCAGCAUUUUGCAGUGAACCAUGCAAUGCUCUUCUGGACUGUGGACAUGUAUGUUCUGGAAACUGUUCAGAAUGCUUCCAAGGUCGGGUUCACCUGAGAUGUACUAAAGAGUGCGAAAAAAUUUUGAUAUGUGGACACAAGUGCCCUGUCCCGUGCUCUCAGAGUUGCCCACCAUGCACAAAAAAAUGUUCACACAGAUGCAGGCAUUCGAAAUGUGCAAACCAGUGUGGUGAGCCUUGUACACCAUGCAGAGAGAAAUGUGGUUGGCAGUGUGAACACCUGAGAUGCACACGUCAGUGUCACGAGCUGUGUGACCGCAAACCUUGUUACAAAGCGUGUAAGCUGAAACUUAAAUGUGGACAUAACUGUAUUGGAUUCUGUGGUGAUCCUUGCCCACCACUUUGCCGCAUUUGUAAUCACAGUGAAGUUACCACCAUACUUUUUGGCCAUGAAGCAGACAGAGAUGCAAGAUUUGUUCUGCUGGAAGACUGUAAUCAUGUUAUUGAAUCAAAAGCUCUUGAAACCUGGAUUAAACAAUCAGACGACGAAAUUACAACAAAAGUCUGCCCACGUUGUAAAACACCUAUUACAAAAACUCAGAGGUACUUGAAUGAUGUGAAGGUAACAUUGGAAGACAUUUGUAAAGUAAAAGCAAAGGUCUUUGGAAUACAGAGUGAGAUAGAAAGCAAACGAUCAAUGCUUCUUCAUCAGAUAACGCAGCUUAUGCAGCACUCACCAUAUGUAAUAGGCUCAGCUAAACUGAAACAGCAUUUAGAUAAUCUGAAACAGCAGAUGCUGCCAGUCCAAGGACAACGCCGCAAUCAGUUGAGUAUUAUGGAUACGGAGUCAUUAGAACUGCACAUAAAGUUCAUGCAAGAAAUUGUCAUGACCAUGAGAUAUGCAUCAGGAGGUCUAGACAGCCACUCCAUCACAAAGGUUGAACAACAAGUGCUGUUUCUCAUGAAUAUCAUGGAAACCAGGGGCAGAUAUUUAAGCAAUCAAGAGGUUAAUGAUAUUAACUGUGAACUUAACAGGUUCAGUUCGUUCCUACACCUCUGCCGUAUAGAAAGCACAAAAAUGUACAAAAUGCACUGCAAUAAUGCUCAUGUACAGUAUCAGUACGAUAUAGCUCGAAAAACCGUGUGUUCUAUUAAAAAAUUUACAACAGAUCAAAGCACCAUCUUCAGACAAUCAUUGGGAAAUCUUAACAGGAUUCUGAACAAUGCUAUUGUAUUACCUACACAAGAAAGGCAACAGAUUGUAAAAGCUUUGAAUCUGAAGCAAGGUCACUGGUAUAAAUGUCCUAAUGGCCACAUCUAUGUGAUUACGGAGUGUGGACGAGCAAUGCAGGUAUCUAGGUGUAAUGAAUGUGGAGAAAAAAUUGGUGGGAGACGACAUACCCUGCUUUCAUCUAACCAGGUUGCAACAGAGAUGAAUUGAAAUUUUAUGCCUUUUUUUGUUACAGAGUUUUAUAGGAUACUUAAAAGUCCAAAGUUAUCCAGCAAAGUGACUGUUCACACUGAUACGUGUUUAAAAUUGUUACAAAACUGGAAUUUCAUCAUUUAUUAUAUUUUAUGAAGUUAGUGAUUGCACACUGUUAUCAACUGAAGGGUAUAUGUUUGUGAUUAGUUAUCAUGUGGUUUUUUUUCUGAUGUGGGUCCCACUGCUCAGUGAAUUGCAGGAACCAUUGAUUUUUUUUCCAGUAAUUUAUUUUUAAUUUGGUCUGUUGAUGAGAUACUAUAGAAAAAAGUAUUUGCAAUGUAACAAAGUGAAAACAAUGUGUGAUGUUCAUAAAUUGGUGUGUAUGAAUCAUAAUAUAUACAUAGUUAUUAUGAAUGUCAUGAGUGUAAUAGUUUAUGAUAUUUGUUUAUAAUAUAUGACAACAGUGAUGUUGUUAAGCAAUUGUGCAUAUAUGUAAAAUCUUUGAGGCUCUCCUCCGUUUACAGGGUGUCAUAAUCAAAUGAGGAAAUUGAAAUUUACAAAAAUGCUUGAAAUAAACUUAAGAAAAUAUAUUUGACAGCGGAGUCACAUUUCCUAUAGUAUGCAACUAACUUGGAUGUUGCAGUGGAACUCACUUUGUCUUGAAGGUGGCAUCAGAAAGUAAUAGUCCAUUACAAUGUACCUAUUCUGCUAGUUUCUUUGACAAAUUCUGGAGGUACAUAGCAUAUGAUGUUUUAUCCUCAGUGCCGGCUGGGGUGGCCGAGCGGUUCUAGAUGCUACAGUCUGGAACCGCGCGACCGCUACGGUCGCAGGUUCAAGUCCUGCCUCGGGCAUGGGUGUGUGUGAUGUCCUUAGGUUAGUUAGGUUUAAGUAGUUCUAAGUUCUAGGGGACUGAUGACCUCAGAAGUAAGUAGUUCUAAGUUCUAGGGGACUGAUGACCUCAGAAGUUAAGUCCCAUAGUGCUCAGAGCCAUUUGAACCAUUUUUUAUCCUCAGUGGUAUGUACAGGAUAUUUGUGAAGCUGAUAGGGAUUUUCUGUUUCAUUGAAACAGUAGUUUUGUUUGCUGACAUUCGUGUUAUGAUGGCAAUAUGCUAUGCUGCCAUCCAUAUUGUUUUAAGGAAACUAGCUGAUCCUUAUUUCUGCCAUAUUUUCAAUUUCGAGGUAUGUAACUGUGACUUGUGCAGUUUUCUUUGUGUGCGGCUUCAUACCCCAAGCCAUAUUGGCAAAUGGAACAGCAAGAAUGUUUGCGAUUGAAAUUUACACUAUGUCAGGUGUAUAUGCCAUUUGUGACAACUGUGGCUCCAAUUUUGCACAGGUGAACCUGUUUUUCUCAGAAUUUAGCAGUUAGACUAUCACUGUUGUUACAAAUCAUUUGCACAGGUAAUAUACACCCAAUAUCACUGAAUUAUAAUAAAGUAAUAGUCAUGUCUCUGGUGUCAGGUCACGUCUAAGCAACUGCUGCACUCCAGACACGUCAAAAAUACAUUCAAUAAUUUGUUCCUGUUUGUCAGUUUUGUCUCUCUUACUGAAAUACAAGUAAAGCAAUGUAUAACACUCAUAUUUUCAGUGUAAGAUAUAUGUAAUUGUGGUGAAAUAAAGUUUAUGAAUACUUGUCA